GGUCAUAUUUGAGAGUAAGAACUUCCUUUUCAUAUGGGAAUAAAUUAAAAUUGGAAACAAGUGAUUAAUUGCAGUAGAAAGACACAAUUUUCCAAAUUUACUUGACUUGAAUAUAAAAGAGAUGACCUCCGCCUUGGAAUUUUAUAAAAAACCAAAAGUCCUGCAUUCACCCAGUUUCGAUGAUGACGAGGAUGAUGGUUUAUUUGCCAACGACGAAGACGAUGAAUAUUUGCAGGAAGUGCCUUAUACGUCGUCGAGUAGCAUUGACCGUGGCAGUAUAGGUUCAAUACCAUGGAACGACGAUGCAAUUCGAUUGAAUCAACUGGAAUGGGAAAAAGUGGAAAAUAUGUUAGCCGGCACAGAAGAUUUACCAGCCGAUGAGGAUUUGCGAAAGGAAAUUUUAGAUUGGCAGAAAAAGUUUCCCAAGUUAAUGGGACGUAAGGCGAGUGCAUAUCGAAUAAAAGCCCUGAGUUCGGAUACACUGGAAUCGUUGCCAAGUUUGAAUAUAAGCAGUUCGGAUGAGGGUGAAAUGGAUGAUGAUAUUACACUUACCAGGGGUAGACAAAUAAAACAUGAAGACUCGGCUGUGCCCCAAAAUUAUCGGCCAGCUUUUAGGAAAACCUCAGAUGAGAGCAAUGAAAUUAACAGCUUACUGAAAAACUUCACCUUGACCACAGUGCCUUUAAAGCUCAAUGAAAGAGAAAAUACACAAAAUCCGGGAAAUAAACGAAAAUGUGCCACCAGCUCUUCUUCAUCGUUUUCACCGCCAACACCAACCAACGUUCCUAUUGCCCAGCCAACGACAAGCAGUCAUCAGCAACGUUUGCGUAUGCCUCCGAUUUUAAAUGUUUUAGAAUCGACGCGGAAAUUUCGUAACCUUGGACGACACCAAGUCAAUCCCAGCUUUGUGCAGUUAACCCAUGUCCAACAAGCUAAAUCUGCUGUCAUUACACAAGAUCAAAAUGGAAGAUCAAGAUUCAAUGCCGGACAUAGAUCUGCGUGGCAUGUCCCCUUGGCAGCCAAUAGAUUCUUCAAUAAUCGCAAUUCAAUUAUUUUACCUUCAAUUUCAUCACGCCAGCAGAUAAUCCAACAAUAUAACUCACAACCCAUGACCAUUUCGAAUUCUAGCGAUGUGAACACAACAACACCGUCCAGCACAAGGGAACACUUUAGACGAACAAAUGCCAAUAUGUAUAAAACAUAUCAGUCAACGACAAUAAAACGUGAUAAAUUUAAUGAUCCUUCGACAACAGCGUCGUCGACACAAACGACCAACAACAACACAUCGAAUUCGGGAAGAUCGAUCUCGGCAGCAGUACCAACAUAUCAUCCGAGAUCAACAUUUAAUGUAUUUUAUUUACCGUAUAGUGCCUCAAAAUUCCAUGCUUUUAAAUAAAUUUGAUUUUCGAGUUGUUUUUAAUUUAGAAAUAAUACUUACUAUAUAUGAAUGGAUGUGAAUACAAUUAUUUUUGUACAGUAAAAUGUAUUAAAAAAAGAAUUAUUUAAUAAAGACCAAAAGGAGAGAGAUUGAGAG